AUGUCUUCGGAUCUGCCUUUGAGGAACAGGACUGAAGCUCUGCUCUUUCGCCACUACAUCCAAAAGCUGGCGACAUGUCUCGAUCUUUGCGACCCCAUGCGGCACUUUGAGUUGGUCGUGCCACAUCGUGCAAGCCAUUGCCACAUGCUGCUAAACUCGAUCUUUGCUAUUGCAGCACGGCACCUAAGCCACACCACAGACUUUGACCCAUUGAUCUCAAACAUGUACCUGGACGAAUGCCUCAAGUAUCUGACGCCGAUGCUGAGUGACGCCUCGAGUCUGUCUGAUGAGAACCUCUUCGCCGCCACAGUGAUCCUGCGGAUGCUUGAGGAGAUGGAUGGGUCGCAUACUGGUCACGAUAGUCAUGGGCACUUGCUGGGCAUUCAGGCUUUUGUCAAUGUCGGCGAUCAAUACAUGAAUCCGGGCACUCUGAGUGCCGCGUCCUUCUGGGUCGGACUCCGCCAGGAGAUUUACAUUGCAGUCAUUACGCAGCAGCCGGUCAAGAUGAACCUCAACCACCACAUCGUUGAUCGGUCGUUCGAGCCAACGGACGACUACACCUGGUCGAAUCGCGCAGUGGUGCACCUGGCUGAUGUGCUCAACUUCUGCUUCGGCGAGAAUGCCCAAUCCAAGAAAGACCGGUGGCUGGCCCUUGACGAGGCUUCGCGGAAGUGGACGGAUGCCAGGCCCGUCUCGUUUAACCCCUUUUUCUACAAGGAGCGUUCCGCUGCGAAUGUGUUUCCCGAGAUCUGGCAUGGCUCGAGUUGUCAUGUCAUUGGGAUACAGCACCACAUGCUCGCGCAACUCUUCUUGACCCAGUUUGACCCCAGCAUCCCCCAAGUUGGGCUGAAUCGGCGAGCAGCGAUGGUGCGAGCUCAGGAACGCAUCGAGCACCUCGUACGAGAAUUGUGUGGCAUUGGCCUGUGCAACCAGUGGAGCCCGCCCGCCAUGUUCACAGCCUGCAUGGGCAUUGCCAUGUUCGGUGACGAGUUCAGCGAGCCGGCUGAUCAGGACGCUCUGAUCGGGCUGCUACGCAAGACCGAGGACGACCAUGCCAGGCCGACGACGGCAAUACGCCUCCAACUCAAGCAUGCAUGGGGCUGGACAAGCGCAGACAGGCCAAUGGCUGAUCAUCGAUGA